AUGGACCAAGGAAACAGCUCCAGUGCGUAUCGCGACAUGGGCGAUGAAUUAGUUGAGGAGACCAAUGGCGUGUGUCACGAGUCUCCAGCCAAGAAAUCGUUCUUCAGCCCGAAGCUGUCGGAGUCUAUGAUCCUGAAUUUGAAGCAGCGUCGAGCUGUGCGAGCAAAGGUCGUCGUCAUUCUGAGCUUGUUGCUCUCGGCUAGCGUGGCGGCAGCCUCAUUGUAUACGUUGGUGGAUGCGACCGCAUUGACGAUGAAGAUGAGGGGUGCAUAUCCAAUAUUUCGCGGCACUUCGAGUGUACCGAAAAAGAGCGAGGUCUAUUCAGGUGAAGGUGUUCCAAACGUCGGAGACGCCAUGCUAUCUACUGACGUGACUGCCACUCAGCGCGAAACAGACUAUGCACAGGACGAUGCCAUGUUAGAAGACCUAGAUCCGUAUGACGAGUUUCACCCGGUCGGAAGACAGCUAGAAGUCAUAUAGUAACAGACAAAAUUUGAACCU